CUGUCUCUGCUGAGAGAACAGGCAGUUGGUUCGCUCCACAGUGUCUCUGGCUGUGUGUGAGAGGCCCAGAGAGCUGAGGAGAAGGGGGUGUUUGGAUCAGUUACAGCCGCGAAGGAGAGACACUCAGAGGGGAGAGAGGGCUCGAGAGACUGACGACUGAUGAGUGUGAGAGAGAGGGAAGCAGUCUGGAGCUCGAGAGAAAAGCUCAAGUGAAGACCAGAACCAGAGAGACCAGAGAGAGAGAGAGAGAGAGAGAGAGAGAGAGAGAGAGAGAGAGAGAGAGAGAGAGAGAGAAGGCAGUCGAGGACUUUAUCAGAGUGGAACCGACAACAACCACAAGCCUGGAGAGCCAGUCCUUCUCUGAGCUGCUCUUGUUUUGUUCUGUGUGGAAAUUCCUUUGAGACGUCACUGCUAGCUGAGCUCAGCUGAACAACCACAGCCAAGAAAGACUGUUGUGGUUGCUUGUCAAACUAUAGUGUGUGUGGAGAUAGAGCGAGGAGCAUGUUUGACUGUAUGGAGGCUCUUGCUCCCCGGCCGCUCUUUGACGUAUCCACUCAGGGGGCUUGCAUGUUGGGCAAGGCCACCACCUUCUUCCCUGGUCUGGACCCCUUUGCCUGGGCUGGGAUGGCCAGUGUUCAGUCAGUGGAGACCCAGAGCACCAGCUCUGAGGAGAUGGUGCCCAGUUCACCCUCUCCACCCCCUCCUCCCCGCAUUUACAAGCCCUGUUUCGUGUGCCAGGACAAGUCCUCUGGCUACCACUAUGGGGUCAGCUCCUGUGAGGGUUGCAAGGGAUUCUUCCGGCGCAGUAUUCAGAAGAACAUGGUGUAUACCUGCCACCGAGACAAGAACUGUCAGAUCAACAAGGUGACCCGUAAUCGCUGUCAGUACUGCCGGCUGCAAAAGUGCUUUGAGGUUGGCAUGUCCAAAGAAGCGGUGCGUAAUGACAGGAACAAGAAGAAGAAGGAUGUGAAGGAGGAGGUGGUGUUGCUGGAGAGCUAUGAGCUCAGUGGAGAACUGGAGGAGCUAGUCAACAAAGUCAGCAAGGCCCACAAAGAUACCUUUCCCUCACUUGUCCAGCUGGGCAAAUACACUACAAACUCCAGUGCAGACCACCGUGUACAGUUGGAUCUGGGGCUGUGGGAUAAGUUCAGUGAACUCUCCACCAAGUGCAUCAUCAAGAUAGUGGAGUUUGCCAAGCGCCUGCCAGGCUUCACCACCCUCACCAUCGCUGACCAGAUCACUCUCCUCAAAUCAGCCUGUCUGGAUAUACUGAUGCUGAGAAUCUGCACUCGCUACACUCCGGAGCAGGACACAAUGACCUUCUCCGACGGGCUGACCCUGAACCGGACCCAGAUGCACAACGCAGGCUUUGGCCCUCUCACAGAGCUGGUGUUUGCCUUUGCUGGCCAGCUGCUGCCUCUGGAGAUGGACGACACAGAAACCGGCCUCCUCAGCGCCAUCUGCCUGAUCUGUGGAGAUCGUAUGGACCUGGAGGAGCCCCAGAAGGUGGACAAGCUACAGGAACCCCUCCUGGAGGCCCUGAAAAUCUACGCCCGCCGCAGACGCCCCAACAAGCCUCACAUGUUCCCCCGCAUGCUGAUGAAGGUCACCGACCUCAGGGGCAUCAGCACCAAGGGUGCUGAGAGAGCCAUCACUCUGAAGAUGGAGAUCCCAGGCCCCAUGCCUCCUCUGAUCAGGGAGAUGCUGGAGAACCCAGAGGCCUUUGAGGACAGCAGCGACUCUGGGGACAGCGCCUCCGCCCCCCCUGCCAUCCAAGCCAUCAAGAAAGAGAGGGAGGAGAAGAGCCUCGAGGAGGAAGAUGAGGAUGAGGAGGACGAGUGGGGGGAUGAGGAGAGGGAGAGGGGGGCGGACAGUGAUGGGGAGCCCUGGGGGGAGGCUGCAGCGGCAGAAGCGGUGUCCCAGAAAGGGGAAACUGGGAGAUCCCAGUGAGAGUGACAUAGUGAUGCACUCUGACCCAUUCUGUUCACCUCCUAUUCCACCACCCUCAGACAGACCAACACUCCCUGUCAUAUCCUUACAAGCCCACCAAGUCAUCUCCACACAUGAGCAGCCCAUCCUAUAACAAGGGUCUACUCCAAGACCUAGCUGUUACACCUGUUUACUCCAAGACCUCUGCUGUUACACCUGUUAAACUACCCCCACACCCCUAUACACACACACACACACACACACACACACACACACACACACACACACACACACACACACACACACACACACACACACACACACACACACACACACACACACACACACACACACAUGCACACACACACACACACACAUAUAUAUAUAUGAAUUUCCCCUUUGCUCUAGAUAGACAGUAAAGUAAAGGCUCUAUGUAGUGAACCUACUCUGUCACUCCAGGGUGAAACUGGCCCUGUCUACAGGAUCAGUUUCAGGAACUGUCUACAGGAACAGUUUCUUGGGGCGGCAGGUAGCCUAGUGGUUAGAGCGUUCAGCCAGUAACCGAAAGGUUGCUAGAUCGAAUCCCUGAGCUCACAAGGUAAAAAUCUGUCGUUCUGCCCCUGAACAAGGCAGUUAACCCACUGUUCCUAGGCCGCCAUUGUAAAUAAGAAUUUGUUCUUAAAUGACUUGCCAAGUUAAAUAAAGGUUAAAUAAAUAAAAUAAAAACAGGUGAAACAUGUAGUCUGGAAGAGAAGAGAGAGAAAAACAAGCACUAAAUCUCAGAGUUGGGACAAGUGCCACGAGAGAUCACUGUGCCAACCAUAAGACUGACCAUAUGCUACUUUACAAUGCUGUCUCCACACAAAGAGAAACACAGGAGAUCCUAAUCUGAAUGGCAGCAGCUUUGAUUGGUGGACCAUAUGAAAUGCACUCCCCCACUUUCCUUAAGGGCUACUCAGAGUGCAAGAGCAUUGACGAAACGACAACUGCAACAACCAAACUCUUAUUGUGAAAACCAUUCACCACCAAUGCCUUUUGAGAAUAGUUUUUUUACAUUUUCUUUUCAUUAAUGUUUUUCUAUUGUAUGAUUUUCCCCCAAAUAACAUUCAUAUUUGAACAUAUAUUCAAGUGUGUUACUAUGCAUUUUUCUCUGGUAUUGUUGUCUCGUUUAUGCUUCAGUCAUGCUCAUGUUUGACGAGCAAUAUCAAACUAGCGAUAGAUUCUCAGUUUAUAAGUUGAAAACUCAAUUUACAAACGGGCAACUCUCUUCUGAUCUUUACAUCGUCUGUGCUUGUGGCUUCACUCAUUGGGACAGAGCUUAUUGUAGAUCUCUGCUCGAUGAGAAACAAAAACAAGGAUUUGACCAAUGGACUGGCACGUUGCAAGCUAUAGUUGUGAGCUACACAUAUACUAAACACACAAACACACUCCUUUAACGUCUAUAAAGGUGUGCAGGGUCAAUUUUAUACAAUUUAAUGCCAAUGCUUUGACUCGGGGUGAUUCUAGAGAUGGACAAAAACUCACCAGCGUGAAUGUUCAAGACUAUCACAACAAGGAACUGUGGGGUAGCACCAACGGUUCGCCACUCUCCCCGUUUUCCUCAUCAACAAGCCAUUCUACAUGGAUCUGAAUGUGAAAGAGAACUAAUGUAGUUUCCCUUUGUUCUCAGUGGAAUGCCAUGCAGUCUACCAGGGGGAUCAGAUAUCUGGGUGCGCAGAAUCCAGUACAUACAGUUGAGGUCAGAAGUUUACAUACACCUUAGCCAAAUACAUUUAAACACAGUUUUUCACAAUUCCUGACAUUUAGUCCAAGUAACAGUUCCCUUUCUUAGGUCAGUUAGGAUCAUCACUUUAUUUUAAGAAUGUGAAAUGUCAGAAUAAUAGUAGAGAGAAUGAUUUAUAUCGACUUUUAUUUAUUUCAUCACAUUCCAAGUGGGUCAGAAGUUUACAUACACUCAAUUAGUAUUAAAUUGUUUGACUUGGGUCAAACGUUUCGGGUAGCCUUCCAUAAGCUUCCCACAAUAAGUUGGGUCAAUUUUGGCCCAUUCCUCCUGACAGAGCUGGUGUAACUGAGUCAGGUUUGUAGGCCUCCUUGCUCGCACAUGCUUUUUCAGUUCUGCCCAUAAAUGUUCUAUAGGAUUGAGGUCAGGGCUUUGUGAUGGCCACUCCAAUACGUUGACUUUGUUGUCCUCAAGUCAUUUUGCCACAACUUUGGAAGUAUGCUUGGGGUCAUUGUCCAUUUGGAAGACCCAUUUGCGACCAAUCUUUAACUUCCUGACUGAUGUCUUGAGAUGUUGCUUCAAUAUAUCCACAUAAUUUUCCUUCCUCAUGUAGCCAUCUAUUUUGGGAAGUGCACCAGUCCCUCCUGCAGCAAAGCACCCACACAACAUGAUGCUGCCACCCCCGUGGUUGGGAUGGUGUUCUUUGGCUUGCAAGACUCCCCCUUUUUCCUCCAAACAUGACGAUGUUCAUUAUGGCCAAACAGUUCUAUUUUUGUUUCAUCAGACCAGAGGACAUUUCUCCAAAGAGUAUGAUCUUUGUCCCCAUGUGCAGUUGCAAACCAUAGUCUCGCUUUUUUAUUGCGGUUUUGGAGCAGUGGCUUCUUCCUUGCUGAGCGGCCUUUCAGGUUAUGUCGAUAUAGGACUCGUUUUACUGUGGAUAUAGAUACUUUUGUACCUGUUUCCUCCAGCAUCUUCACAGGGUCCUUUGCUGUUGUUCUGGGAUUCAUUUGCACUUUUCGCACCAAAGUACGUUCAUCUCUAGGAGACAGAAAGCGUCUCCUUCCUGAGCAGUAUGACGGCUGCGUGGUCCCAUGGUGUUUAUUCUAGUGUACUAUUGUUUGUACAGAUGAACGUGGUACCUACAGGCUUUUGGAAAUUGUUCCCAAGGAUAAACCAGAUUUAUGGAGGUCUACAAUUUUUUCUGAGGUAUAUUUCUUUUGAUUUUCCGAUGAUGUCAAACAAAGAGGCACUGAGUUUGAAGGUAGGCCUUGAAAUACAUCCACAGGUACAACUCCAAUUGACUGAAAUGAUGUCAAUUAGCCCAUCAGAAGCUUCUGAAGCCAUGACAUAAUUUUCAUACAUUUUUCAUGCUGUUUAAGGCAGAGUCAACUUAGUGUAUGUAAACUUCUGACCCACUGGAAUUGUGACACUGAAUUAUAAGUGAAAUGAUCUGUCUGUAAACAAUUGUUGGAAAAAUGACUUGUGUCAUGCACAAAGUAGAUGUCCUAACCGACUUGCCAGAACUAUAGUUUGUUAACAAGACAUUUGUGGAGUGGUUGAAAAACGAGUUUUAAUGACUCCAACCUAACUUCCGACUUCAACUGUAGCUGACAUCUGUGAUUCUGAAACUAGCCGUCUGCUCCCAGCCAUAGCCGCGGGAAGUAGGUAUGCUGAGGGUGCUGCAGCACCCCCUGAAAAAUCAUCACAACUCCUCCACCUCCAAUCAUCUUCCCACAGCUAUGCUCCCAGCCCCAAGCCAUGGCUGAGGUAGUGUGUUGAUAACAGUACAGCACAUUGAAAGUAAGCCAUAAUUACUAGUGUUAUGAGUCAGAAUACAUGGACUAGAUCACUAACACAGGACCAGUUCAGUCUUAGGUCCAUUCAUUCAAUUCAAAAACUCAUGUAUAGGCCAUAUUUACACAUAUAAUUGAUGUCAAUGAAGUCUCACCCUCAUACAGUGAUGAUCUCGUAGAUGAAUAAGCAAUAUUGGAAUUAUAUGCAAAGCCAUGAAUCAGGAAAUGAAUGUGUCUGCGGUAUGUAGAUGUAUUUGUGUGUCAGUGUGUGUGUGCACCCACAUGUGUCUCUCUCUGUGUGUUUCUUGCUACUUGUGUAACAUAAUUGAGUGUUUUUUGCUUGUUCUACCAUAGAAUAGAUGAGAUACUAUUUUGGAAACUGUCUACAUACAUGAACUGGGUUCUAGGACUUUUAGUCCCUAGUUCUGUCCAAUAACAUUCACAGAACCGUAUGGUUGAUUUCAUUACUCCAGUCAUUUUUCUUAAUUAUGUUUUUUUACUUUUAUGCUUUACAGAUUCAUUUGAAAUUUAGAUAAGUUAGUCCUUUUAGAAUGACUGCAUUUAAUUAUCAAAAAGUCCACAAGUGAGAUAUUCCUCCCAGUUCCUCUAUAAACAUAUCUUCUUGCCCCAAUGAUGACUGUGCACAAUCUGAUUUUAAUAAAGGAGCAGGGUAUUUAUGCUCAUAA